ACUUUAGCAAAAAGCUGUCUGGACCAAUAAAAGCAGCCCUUGCUUUUAACCCUGGCAGUUUGAAACUGUCGGGGUUUCUUUUGCUGUGGGAGUGAGGCGUGACGGAGAGUCAGGAAUUUCUUAAUGCAGAAUGUCAUCUUCUGAAGAGAAAAGCACAAGUCCUUUUUUGCCUAAAGACUCUGAUCAAGGCAGUUCUGUCUCUUCAGAACUACAGGAUGAAUAUGAAGAACUGCUUCGUUAUGCUGUAGUUACUCCAAAGUUUGAGCCAAGUGUAUUACGACAGUCAGCUCACACAGAAGUUCGUCAGAAAUCUACAGGAAAAGGUCCAGUAAUGGAUGGGCGCAGACAUGAAACUGCAGGCCCAAGUUGGAGAAAACAUGGGAGAACUCCUGAUUUUGUACCAUGUACUCGGACAACAAGGAUAGAAGCAAUAAAGGAGCCAACACGCACAGAUAUGGAAGGACUUUGCCCUGUUGAUUCAGAAGAAAGUUCUUCUCAAGAGUCCUCAUCUAUUCAGAGGGAUCUUCAGGAGUCAAAUGUGACUGAUCUAAGCCUUUCAGAUGAAAGAGUAACCCAAAUAGAGAGCAUACUUGAUCUCUGGAGUGGAAGCCUUAAGACCAAUGUUCUUACUGAACUGAGGAAAUGGAAGCUUCAUUUUAUUGAACAUCACACACUUGAAAUGAGACAAGAAAAAGAAAAACAUGCAGCUCAUGUGAGACAAUUGAUGAAUCAGAUGGAGAACUUGAAGGAGCUACUACAUACAUACGAGAUUUCAAUAGGGAGGAAGGACGAAAUAAUUGCCAAUUUGACACAUGCAGUUGAGAAACAGAAGGACAGGAUAGAGCUCAUGAAGAAAUUUGCAAAGUGGCGUCUUCAGCAUCUUAUAGGCAGACAAGAAGCUAAACAGGAGGUAUAUACAAAUAGGUUGGCCGAUCGCUUGUACGAAAUGGGCUUGGUGAAGAAAGCAUGGAGGACCUGGCGCUCUCAAAUUCAUACAAAAUGGAAAGAAUCGUUGGAAAGGGCCUACCAGUCAAGUGCGGAAUCUGUUCGUGUUGAACUGUCUAAUGACUAUGAAACUAAACUUCAAGAGUUGAAUGCUGCACUGGAACAGGCAAGAGCUGAAAUUAUAGAUUUGCAGAAUAAAAGGCAGGAAUGUGAAGAUACUAUGAAGAAGGCUUUCAUGCGUGGUGUCUGUGCACUGAAUCUGGAAGCAAUGACAGUAUUUCAAGGCAAAGAAUUCAAAUUUGACCAUGUUGAACUGUCAGAUAAGAGAGGAGAACCCAGUGCUGGCACUGAUGGUUCUACACCAAGGCUCCCUCCAUCUCACUUUGAUCCACCUUUACCACCAAACACCCCGCCGCCUCCACCUCGACCACCUCCUCCACCUCCAACACCAGCUCUGGGUGUUGCUCACACAGAAGAUUUGUUCUCUUCUCACCAGAGCCAUGCAGUGACCUCUCAGACCAGACUAGACGCCGGUGCUGCAAGUUCGUCCAUUCCAAAAGCGCCCCUGACUAGGGUUAUAACGGCACAUCAGAAGGCUGGAAGGACGAUCACAGCUAGAAUCACUGGCCGAUCUGAAAUUGCACCAAAGAAUCGAAUCAUCAGUAGCUUAGAUGUGAUAGGCGUUUCUCCUCCCAUGAAUUCUGUUGUUGUGGAAAAACAUCAUCCAGUCACUCAACAAACUGUCUCUCAAGCUACUGCUGCUAAAUAUCCUCGAACUUUGUUUUCUAAUGGUAUCAGCUUGAGACCUUCAGGACACAGCAGGAAGACUCGCACCCAGACCCAUAACAACAUCCACUCAAUAAAAGUUGUUGAAUAGCUGUGAAGGCUAAAAUGCUCAUAUUUCAACUUAACCACAUGGGAAGAAUUUGCCAGGUUAUCGUUCAAACUCUCAAUGUUUACCAAUUGAUAAAGGAAGUCCCCAAGGAUGCAUCAUGUUUUUUUUUUCUAUCUGUAAUAACAUUGCAGAUGUAAAAACGUUGCAUGGCAUAAAAAGUAAGCCACUCAAGUCGGUGCAAUGUAGUUCUGUAUAACUUCAAAUAAGGUAUACUUGAAAUUCUUAUUUCCUUAACAUAUUUUAUUAAAUAUGAUUAUUUAAUGCUUUUAAUAAAAAAGAAUGAACUGAA